AGGAAAAAGUUUCGCUUGUACAAACAUGUUACUGGAAUAAAUUGGGAUUACAGUAUGAUCAAUAACAGCAUAGAAGGAUAUGUAUCUAACAAGGUAAAUUAUAUCCAUCAUUUUAAAUUUUCUAAAGAUGAAAAAGAUCCUGAAGAAUUAUCUAAUCUUUUAUGGCAUGAAAUUUACCUAUCUAUUGAAAAUAUAUUGAAUGGAAAUAAAAAAAAUUCUUCUGAGUAAUUUCGUGGUUAUAAAAUUGUUUUAUAUUACUAAUAUGAAGAAUAGAGAAUAUGUAUUAUAAAAAAAUAUUUUUUAUUCGAAUAAUGUAACUUUUUAAUAUUUGUAUCCAUCAAAUAUUUGAUAACAAUUGGUAUUUUUAAAAAUGGCGACUUCAACAACAGUGCCUCUAUUGGCUACAUUCAACAUUACAUUGACGACAUAUUUUCCUCAUAUUUGUUAUUCUUAAGUAGUGUAAUGCAGUUUUUGUAUAGACAAACAACAUAAAAAAUUGUGAACAUGAUUUUAUGAAUAAACAAAUUAUUUCUAAUAUUGUUUAUAAUUAUGUAUAUAAUAAUGCAGGAUAAUUUUAUAUAAUUUUUUCUGAUCUAAGUAUUGAAAGUAUUAGCAUUGGUGUUUAUCUUUUUAAAUAUAUAAAAAGAAAAUAUUUUUAGUAAAAAUGGGCAGCGAUACACAGAUUGCAAAUAUAGUGAACGAUAUUUUAAAAGUAGAAGCCAUAGAAGAAGCAUUCAGUUGCGUACUCGUACAUAAUCCUAAUAAUGAAAAAGAAAAACUAUCGACAUGGCAAUCAGAAUUAACAAAUGCGAUGACUGAUUUAACUGUGGAACAACAAGAAAAUUCAAUACGCCAAUUUCUUAUGAUAGCAGCUUCUAUGACAAAUCAUAGACGCUUACAAUUAUUGUUAUCUAUGCUUGAAAAUUUAGUUUUGUCGAACGUUUUACCAGCUAGAUUAGUAUGUGAAUACAUUCUCAGUUGUGAAAAAUUACAAUACCAAUUAGAAGAUUUUUGGGUCGAAUGUUUCCUUCUUAUUCGACAUAUUAUCGGAGGAGUUGAUUACAAAGGUGUUAGAGAAAUAAUGAAAGGAUGUAUAGAAAAAGCUCAAACGAUACCAGCAAGAUUAAAUGCAUCCAUUCAACCACAAUUAAAGGCUUUAGAAAAUGUUAUAGAAUAUAUUUUUGAUAGAAAUGCUUGCUUGCUACCAGGAUACUUUAUUGUUAACGAAAUUCAAAAGGCCUAUCCUGAUCAUAAAAAUUGGCCGCAUUGGAAAUUGGCAAAACUUUUAUCUAAUUUUGUGGAAAGUUUUCGAACGACUGCGCAAAUGGUUUCUAUCGUGGGACAUUCAAAAAUGUUACCAGUUGUGGAACACACUGGUUAUGCGGAUCAUUUAAUAAAUCCUUGGUUACUAGAUCCUACUACGUUAAAGUUUACAUUGAAAGGAAAUCUUCCAUAUGAUCAAGAUUUACUCAAACCUCAAACAGAGUUAUUGAGAUAUGUUUUAGAACAACCUUACAGUAGAGAUAUGGUAUGCUCCAUGCUCGGUCUUCAAAAACAACAUAAGCAACGUUGUAUAGUAUUGGAAGAACAAUUAGUAGAAUUAGUUAUUCUGGCUAUGGAAAGAUCUGAAAAUGAUCCUUUACCAGCAGAAGGAACGGAUGGGACUGUUGCUAAUCAUUGGGUGUGGUUACACCUUUCAUCUCAAUUAAUUUAUUUCGUAUUAUUCCAAUUUGCAUCCUUUCCAAGUCUUGUUAUGGCAAUACAUGAUAAGUUGGCUGGUAGAGAGUUGAGAAAAGGAAGAGAUCACUUAAUGUGGGUUUUAUUACAAUUCAUUUCUGGAAGUAUUCAACGAAAUCCACUUUCCAAUUUUUUACCUGUAUUGAAGUUGUACGAUCUCUUGUAUCCAGAGAAAGAACCUCUGCCUCUUCCCGAUUGUACUCAAGCACUUUGCACUCAUCAAAUGGCUAUUAUUUGUAUAUGGAUGCAUUUACUUAAAAAGGCUCAGAUUGAACAUUCUAACAUUCAUAGACCUAUACCGCAUACAUUGAAAAUUCAUCACGAGUUUCUGCAGCAUUUAGUUAUGCCAAAUACAUCUCUUUGUAUGGGUUUAGAUUAUCGCAUUGCUUUAUUGUGCAAUGCUUAUUCAACAAAUCAAGAAUAUUUCAGUAGACCAAUGGCAGCACUAGUUGAUACUAUAUUAGGGAACCAAAAGGGUCAACAACAACAGCCUUUACAAACAUUACAAAAUAAUGCUGCUUUGGCAAGUGGUCCAACUACACCACUUUCUAUGUCAAUAUUAGAUUCACUGACAGUGCAUUCUAAGAUGAGUUUGAUUCAUAGUAUUGUUACUCAUGUUAUCAAAUUAGCACAAUCAAAAAGCAACAUGGCCUUGGCACCAGCUCUUGUUGAAACUUAUAGUAGAUUAUUGGUUUAUACAGAAAUAGAAAGUCUUGGUAUAAAGGGUUUUAUAAGUCAAUUAUUACCAACAGUAUUUAAGUCUCAUGCAUGGGGAACAUUAUAUACAUUGUUGGAAAUGUUCAGUUAUAGAAUGCAUCACAUACAACCACAUUAUAGAGUUCAACUUUUGUCGCAUCUUCAUAGUCUUGCUGCUGUCCCACAAACCAAUCAAACACAACUUCAUCUUUGUGUUGAAAGUACAGCUCUUCGUUUAAUUACUGGAUUAGGUUCGGCAGAAGUACAACCACAAUUUUCUAGAUUCUUAUCAGAGCCUAAAACACUUGUAUCUGCAGAAUCAGAAGAACUUAACAGGGCGUUGGUUCUUACUCUAGCAAGAUCUAUGCACGUGACUGGUACUGGAGCAGAAAAUCUUAGCGGUACAUGGUGUAAAGAAUUAUUAAACACUAUUAUGCAAAAUACACCGCAUUCGUGGGCCAAUCAUACCUUACAAUGUUUUCCACCAGUAUUAAGCGAAUUCUUUCAACAAAAUAGCGUCGCAAAAGAAAAUAAACAACAAAUAAAAAAAGCUGUAGAAGAAGAAUAUAGAAAUUGGGCAUCCAUGAGCAAUGAAAAUGAUAUAAUAGCUCAUUUUUCAGUACCUGGUACACCUCCAUUAUUUUUAUGCCUUUUGUGGAAAAUGAUACUUGAGACUGAUCGUAUUAGUCCAAUUGCAUAUAAGAUAUUAGAAAGAAUAGGAGCCAGAGCAUUAUCAGCUCAUCUUAGAAAGUUUUGUGAUUAUUUAGUAUUUGAAUUUGCCAAUAGCGUUGGUGGACAGCAUGUUAAUAAAUGUGUGGAUACAAUCAACGAUAUGAUAUGGAAAUACAAUAUAGUAACAAUCGACAGAUUAGUUCUUUGUUUAGCAUUACGAACUCAAGAAGGAAGCGAAGCACAAGUAUGCUUUUUUAUUAUUCAAUUAUUAUUACUUAAAGCUGCUGAAUUUAGGAAUAGAGUUCAAGAAUUCGUGAAAGAAAAUUCACCUGAACAUUGGAAACAAUCAAAUUGGCAUGAAAAGCAUCUUGCAUUUCAUAGAAAAUUUCCAGAAAAAUUUGCUCCAGAAGGUAUUAUGGAACAAGCUAGUGGUGGUCCCAGUCAAUAUCAAAGUUUACCUGUAUAUUUUGGAAAUGUGUGUUUAAGAUUUUUACCUGUGUUCGAUAUAGUUGUACACAGAUAUUUGGAGAUACCGCCUGUUACAAAAAGUCUGGAAAUAUUAUUAGAACAUUUAGGUUGUUUAUAUAAAUUUCAUGAUCGACCUGUAACAUAUCUUUAUAAUACAUUACAUUAUUAUGAACGCAAAUUAAGAGAUCGACCACCUUUAAAAAGACGUUUAGUAUCUGCUGUUCUUGGAUCGUUAAGAGAAAUUAGAGCACCAGGAUGGGCACUUUCUGAAGCUUAUCAAAUGUAUAUGGCACGAUCUGCUGAUGAUGCUAUUACUUGGGUACCUGAAUUGGAUUAUUAUAUUCGACUUGUACAAAGAAUUGUAGAAACAAUGUCAGGUACAGCCCAUUUUCCAGCUACUGAUUGGAGGUUUAACGAGUUUCCUAAUCCAGCAGCACAUGCGUUGUAUGUUACAUGUGUUGAAUUAAUGGCUGUUCCUGUAGCUCCAAAUUUAGUUGCUAAUUCAUUACUCGAUGUUGUCGCUAAAGGGUAUACUGUAGUACCAUCCAAUGAAAUACACUUAUGGAUAAAUUGCGUUGGACUGCUUUUAGCUGCUUUACCAGAGUGCUAUUGGUCGACGUUACAUGACAGACUUGUAGAAAUUAUAAGUAGUCCAGGCUUAGCAAAUUGGCAGUAUAAUAAUUUAACACCAUUUCAGAUGUUUAAUUUCAAUAUUACGCAUAAUAGUUUACUUGAAAAUAAGUACAGUUAUAUGCUCGCAUUGGCACAUUCAAUUUGGCAUCACGCUGGAGCAGGCCAAAUAACUACGAUGCCUCAAUUUAUUAAAGAAAAGCUUCAGCCUGUGGUAAAUAGCGAGGAACAAUUGAUAUAUGCUUGUCAUUUAAUUGGACCUACUUUGGCAAGAUUUAAUGCUGAAAGACCACGCUGUGUAGUAGAUCUUGCAGUUAAUUUAUAUGAAAUGCUGGAACAAGUGGAUCGUACUCAAGCUCAUUUAAAAUAUAUGGAUCCAGUUUGUGACUUGUUAUAUCACAUAAAAUAUAUGUUCGUUGGAGACAUGAUGAAAAAUGAAGUAGAAUGUAUCAUUCGUAGAUUAAGACCUGCUUUACAAAUGAGAUUGAGAUUUAUCACUCAUUUAAAUAUAGAAGAAAUUCACUCUACAUAGGAUUAAUUCUAUAAAUAUAUUUGAUACUAUUAAAUAUAUUUUCAAUUAUUGUCAUACUUUUGGACAUUUUUAUUCUUAUUACGCAUGUAUAUAUAUGCAAUGUAUACUACAAACUCCACAAAACGAGUGGAAUAUCAUAAAACAGAUGAUAAAUGGGCACGCAGCAACUUUGGUAGUACCAAAGAAUACAGAAGUACGUAGAAGCUCACGUUCUCAUUUUUAUCAAACCAAAUUCAUUUUAGUUACUACCGGGACCACCAAUGGGCGAUAGUAUGUACUUAACGCGAUGACGGUGUAAUACUAUCAAAGAAUACAGUAUUCUCUGAUGUAAAAUGAAAUUAUAUUUAAUUUUUAAUGUAUAAACAUGUGUGUGUGCCUUCAGAAAUGCAUUUAUAAAUAUAUUUUAAAAGGCAGCCACUUAAGCUGCACAAGUUGAAGAAAAUUAAAAAGAUUUGUUGUUUAAUCCAACAAUGAUCACUUGUAACAAGAAGAAAACUAUAUUAAUCAUACAAUCAAGUGAUACGAUAGCCUAAUAUAUAAGUGGUCCAAUUCACAGGUGCACUUUUCAUUUAAAUUCCCUAUUUAUUUUUACCCAAUCUCUAUUUACCGUUUAUAAAAUAAAAUUAAAUUUAA